AGCACACCUCCUGAAUGAUCCUGAGCAUUCUUGUGUUGGUGCAUAAAUCAGUUUCAACUAUUUCAACCAACAAUCAAAAUCAGUGCUCACCUAUUAAGUGCCCACCAUUGUUUAUGUACCUCCCACCUUGGAUUAGAUUAAUGAAAAAUGUUUCAACCGAAAAAGAUGACUAUAGCCAAAGGGCAGUAUGGGCCGCUAGUUGGUGCAAUAGAUGAGGGUACCAGCAGUACUCGUUUUAUGGUUUUUUCAGCAGCAACAUCUAAACUGAUAGCAUCGCAUCAGGCACCCAUAAAACAAAUUUACCCUAAAGAAGGAUGGGUGGAGCAAGAUCCAAUGCAAAUAAUGGAGGCAAUAAGAGAAUGUAUUUCAAAAACAAUGGAGAAGCUGCGGGAAUUGAACAUUGAGCCUUCAGAUAUUGCAGCGAUAGGAGUGACAAAUCAACGAGAGACAGUAAUUAUGUGGGAUAAACUAACAGGCCAACCUUUGCAUAAUGCCAUAGUGUGGUUGGACAUGAGGACCGUGUCACUACUAGACGAGUUAUUAGAGAAGAUACCAAAUAAAAAUAAAAACUACUUCACACCCCUUUGCGGCUUACCCUUGAGCCCCUAUUUUAGUGCUACCAAAAUUCGAUGGUUGUUGGAUAAUGAGCCAAGUAUACAACUGGCUCUCUCUGAGGGAAGGUGCUGCGUGGGAACGGUAGACACAUGGAUCAUUUGGAACCUAACCGGUGGAGCAAAUGGAGGAGUAUUAGUGACAGAUGUAACAAAUGCAUCUAGAACACUGCUAAUGAAUUUAUUGACUCUCAAAUGGGAUCCUCUCCUAUGCAAAUUUUUUGAUAUUCCUAUGAAUCUAAUGCCAAAAAUAUGCAGCUCAUCUGAAAUAUAUGGGCUCAUGGCCGAGGGGAACCUAGCAGGGAUUCCUAUUUCAGGGUGUGUAGGAGAUCAACAUGCGGCCUUGCUUGGCCAAUCAUGUCUCAAGGAGGGCCAAGCAAAAAGUACAUACGGAACUGGUUGCUUCUUGCUGUAUAACACAGGACAUAAUAAAGUGGAUUCUCAUCAUGGAUUAGUAACUACAAUAGCGUACCAGCUUGGCAAGACCAAACCAGUUUAUGCAUUAGAAGGUUCUGUUGCUGUGGCAGGAGCUGCAUUCAACUGGCUGAAAGAUAAUGUAAAUAUAAUUGAAGACGUAACUGAGAUCGAGAAUCUAGCAGAUAGAGUCCUACAUACAGGAGAUGUGUAUUUCGUUCCAGCAUUUUCAGGCUUAUAUGCACCAUACUGGCAAGCAGACGCGAGAGGAAUCAUUUGUGGAAUCACUGAAGAUACACAGAGAGGCCAUAUAAUAAGAGCUUCGAUGGAGGCUGUUUGUUUUCAAGUCCGUGACAUCCUCGAGGCAAUGCAUAAAGACUGUGGAAUUCCAUUAACAAAAUUGCAAGUUGACGGUGGCAUGACAUGUAACAACUUACUGAUGCAACUCCAAGCUGAUCUAGUUGGCAUACCAGUAGUGAGACCACAGAUGGCAGAGACGACAGCUCUUGGAGCUGCCAUGGCAGCAGGGAAUGCAGCAGGCGUCGAUGUCUGGGAUUUGGAGCAAACUCAAGGAAAUGCUGACUUUUUUUAUCCAGUAAUCUUAGAGGAAGACAGAGAUAAUAGGUACUACAAAUGGAAGAUGGCAGUGAAAAGAAGUUUUGGAUGGGACACCUAGACAUCAACUCAACAAAACUAGAAAUAUGAUUGGUGACUACCAUAUUGCAGAAUGUUGAUUGACACCAUCAAAUGGCAGACUGUCAAAAGAGGCUCAGAUUUUAACUAUAUUUAUUUCACUAGGCUACGAUGAGAAAAGAAAUUACUUAGCCCUGAGUUCAAACGCCGGAAUUUCUGGGAUUAAAUAACCCAGCACGAUUAGGAAUAGAGGAUUGAUGUUGAUUUAAUGUUAGCUGAGGAGGGAUAACGGAAAUUUUUUAUGCUGGGCUUUGAGAACCUUCAGAAUACCUACAAUCUCUAAUGGCACUGGCCAUUAAAAAAAAGUCUGAGAACUUACAAAUAUUAAAGAGAAGACCCUUAAAAGAAUUGACAGAUGGAGAAAAAACUGAGGAGAUUAUUGAUGUUACCAUAGAGCAUAAUUUUAAAUUUUUGACAAAAUACGUUCAUCAGCAAGUAAAGUGCACACUUGGUUGAUAAACUGAAUAGUUCUCUAUCAAGUUUGUUAAGACAUUCACAGGAUCAUACACUGAUGAUCAAGGCUUAUAAGUUGAUAAAAAAUAAUGAGAUUUGUUGGAAAUGCUGAGCUUCUAUUAUCAUUAUUGACAGAGGGGUCACCAUAAAAGAUGCAGUGAUUAAGAUCAUCCAUAGAGGUAGUGCAUGUCAUGUUUUCUUUCAUCUUGGUUUCAUCGAGGAUAUCUAUACAAAGAGCAUCCGAUACAAAUAUGUGCAUUUCUGAUCGAUACAUCCAGGAGAGAGAAAUCAUAGUAUGCAUAGCCUUAAUGAAUGACAUCUUCCACCACUUAAAUUAUUAUGGAAAAAGAAAGUUGGUUCUAGGAUAGAUUUGACUAUUUUGUUGGCCUACAUGUUACCACCGACAAAAUGCUGUUCCUCGACUUAGACAUUAGAUUAAUUCUUAUAAAUUACAAAAAAAACUUGUGGAUCUCAGUCUCUCAGUAGUGCCAUUACAUGGACUUCAUGGUUCACAAGAUUUCAUCAUGAGAGCAUGAGAUUUUGCUUUUUUUCAAGUACGAAGUCUGAAUAAUAUUAAAAAAACCCUGAGGCUGGCAAAUAAAUAUUGACUUAAUUUUUAAGAAACGACAAGUAAUUCAAAUUAUUUUCUCUGUGUAAAUAUUGAUGAUGGCAAAUAUCUCUUACCUCAGCCUAUUAAAUUUUAAAAUAUAAAAUCUCUCGAAAGA